AUGGCCACCGGUCAUGAUCCAUCCCUUCAAUCGGGCCCUCUGUCGCGAGCAUGCCAGCUUCAGAAUCAGGACGAAAAGUUCAGUUUCACGCCCGUCAAGGCCGCCGCCGCCCCUCGUCUAUGGGACCGAAAACCGUCGAACGCGUUCCUUGGGCGUUCGAAGUCGCGCAAAGUCUGGAAGCGCUUUCGUUCCUCCUUUAACAGCAUGAAAGCGUUACAACGCCUCGUCGCUGCAUCGCACGAGGACGUCGAUGAAGAUCUCUUCGCCGAAAUCAACUUGUCCAGGAAUCUGGGGUUUGUCCGUGGUGUCAAGCGACGAUGUUUUGGGUUGGACGAUCCUGAGAGUCAAUCGGACAGUACAGUUCUACGAGGACGUUCGUUUCUUGAGACAAAAUGGGAGUCUGAAGCGAUGGGGAAAAGACGGAAACUGCCCACGAAUCAUACCGACUUUACUGAUCUUCAAACGGAGCCGAUGGAUGUGGAUGAAGAGGAGGAGGGAGGUCACGCUGUGGCUGACGAGGAUGAGCCACGGGACGCGGCCACGUCAAUCGCCGAACAGGACACGGACACAUCCUUUGAUUCGACCCCAGACACACCCACGGACUCGGUUCUUUUAUCAGCGAAUCUCCACACGCUACAUGGCAAGUCCGUCAGUGCAGAUCAUUGCGCUGGAAACAACUACAAUUUCGAGAUAAAUGCCACCGGCGAGGUCGCUCAACCUGACUCCCCACUUGACAUCAAUGUAGCGAGUCUUCAUACCAAUAUUGCCCCAGAUGCAGCCGUGGAUACAUAUAUGACGGAUGAUCGACAAGAUCUGUCAGUCGAGACCGCAGACUCCACAAUCGCAGCAGAAGUCACAUCUGAGCAGUGUCUAAGUGUGCAACAAGAGUCCACUCUGGUACGUUCGGCACUACGCAGCUCGCUGGGUGGGGAGGAUGCGGAGUUGCUCAAUAACUUCUUGUCCAAGGCCAAGGCAGCUCGCGCCGCCAAAGCCGCAGCUAUGACUGUGCAGGAUGUGGCCGCAGAACAAGCCUGCCAGGAAGUGGACGACGUACCAACUCCACAGGCUCGACGGGCUCUGGAAGAGCUGGACACCAAUUCACCCUCACCAUCGAAAGUCCAGCUGUCUCCGGUCAAAGCGUCUGAUCCCGCAGAUGGUCCCGAUCGGGAUGAUGAAUCGCGGAAAAGCGUUGAUGCCCGAGAGGACGAAAAUCAAGCCGCCAGCCCGGUUCGUCGAAGUUCGAGGAACCGUGCUGCCAAAGUUCCACCCCAGACCACUACGCCCACUCUUCGUACCGUGACUCUUCGUCGUGCAAAGGGGACGGAGUUCGUCUUCCUGCAGCGCACAGAAGCCCAGGAGCUUGCGCUGGCGACGCGUCGAAACACUCGUCACAACAAAGGGGAUGCGGUCAUGCCGAAAUACGUGCUUCAGGCGUUGGCGGAACAAUCGCAGAACACCAACCUCGAUGUCGAUGAUGGCAAAGCUGCAGAUCCCGGUCGGAAGCGCACAGGGGCCAAGAAAUAUGUGACAUGGAACGAGGAGCGCCUUGUGCAGUACCAAGGGGAGAACAACAGUGAGGGAGGGGAGCGGAAGCGCAAUGACGUCGCUUUGAAUCCAACAGUGAAGGGCACCGAUAAGAAGAAGGCAGCCAGUAACCGCAGCACCCGGUCCCAGACAGCUAAGACCGGUAGUGAUGAAGAAGUGGCUGCAUCAACUACUGCACCUGCUACUGCAGCUCCCAAGGCGCGGCGUGUGCGGCGGCUAGGAGGGCCAAAGAGUAAUUCCAGUCCUGUCGCGGCCACAGGAACGAAGAAGGCGUCGCUCCUCCCAACUCUCAGCACUAGCAACAGUGUUGAGAAACGCAAGAAAUUGAUCCCCAAGCGGCCCAGCGCUGUUGCAACGGGUACUCCCGUUUCGAAAAAGAUGCUACCUUGCGCCAACGCCGACGAUAGGAGCUCGUCCGACUCUACCAGCGGUAGCGCUCCGCGAAUAAGAUCCAAGAACAUUCUCAAGGCACAUGCUGGAUCGACACCGAUGCCGAGACGUAUCCGUCCCCGCCCUUGA